UCUUAAUCUUCAAGUUCAGUCUAUAAAUAAUAUACCAGUUUUCUAGCUUCCCACACAUCAAAACACUCACUCACUCAUCCAUUUCUUCUUCUCUUCUUUCAGCUCAAAGAAAAGACUUGAAAUAGUUUUAGAAUUAUGGGUGUUGUAACUUAUGAAUUUGAGGUAACCUCCCCAGUCGCCCCGACCAGGCUUUUCAAAGCCUUUGUUCUUGAAGGUGCCAAGGUUUACCCCAAGGCUGCCCCUCAUGCAAUUAAGAGUGUUGAGCUCGAAGGUGAUGGUAAGCCAGGAAGUAUUGUAAAGAUCAAUUUUGUUGAAGGUCUUCCAUUCCAAUAUAUGAAGCACAUGAUUGGCGGACAUGAUGAAAGCAAUUUGUCAUACAGUUACAGUUUGAUCGAAGGUGAUGGUAAGCCAGGAAGUAUUGUAAAGAUCAAUUUUGUUGAAGGUCUUCCAUUCCAAUAUAUGAAGCACAUGAUUGGCGGACAUGAUGAAAGCAAUUUGUCAUACAGUUACAGUUUGAUCGAAGGUGAUGGUAAGCCAGGAAGUAUUGUAAAGAUCAAUUUUGUUGAAGGUCUUCCAUUCCAAUAUAUGAAGCACAUGAUUGGCGGACAUGAUGAAAGCAAUUUGUCAUACAGUUACAGUUUGAUCGAAGGUGAUGGUAAGCCAGGAAGUAUUGUAAAGAUCAAUUUUGUUGAAGGUCUUCCAUUCCAAUAUAUGAAGCACAUGAUUGGCGGACAUGAUGAAAGCAAUUUGUCAUACAGUUACAGUUUGAUCGAAGGUGGACCUCUCGGGGACAAGCUUGAGAAAAUUAGCUAUGAGAACCAAUUUGUGGCUGCUGCAAGUGGAGGAAGUGUUUGCAAGAGCUCGAUCAAAUUUUACACCAUUGGCGACUAUGUAAUCACUGAAGAUGAAAUCAAGGCUCUCAUUCAAAGGAGUGAGGUAGUUUACAAGGCUAUUGAAGCUUACCUCUUGGCUAACACUGAUGCUUGCAACUAAGAUAUUAAUUUGUUUUUCCAUUGUUAUAUUAAUAAGACUGGUGGUCUUCAGGAUUUGAUCAUCUUU